CGCAACCGGGGCGGCGGAAGUGUGGUCGGCGUGAGGCUUCGUCGGAGUCCGUGAACGCGCCGACAAGGAUCCUGGAGAUCAAGCGCAUGGGUUCCUUGGAGGCCCGGUACCGGCCGGCCGGGGCAGCUGGAUAGCGUGCUGGCUCAGAUGCGCGCUUUGCCUGAGCCAUGUGCGCUCAUGUGCAGGCGUGCAGCAUGCUGGACUGGCUUCCAACUAAGCUGGUACUGAUGCCGGUGUCUCUGGUGGAGACUAUCCUCCUCCAUCCUUAUCGUGUAACCUCGCAGGAGUGCUGCGGUACCACUGCCAUGUACCCUGCACAAGAUGCCGUUCGUUUCCUGCUGGCCGCCGUUCCUGUUCACCAUGCCCUGCCCCCUCCUGGCCUCGUCAAUAACUUCCCCUGAUUUUGUAGGUGGUGCAGGUAGUGGUGGUUGUGCCUUCAUGACAUCCUCCACCCGUCCAUCCGUUCGUCCUCACAUUUUGCCAUUCCCAGAGAAACGGCAAAGAAACUUGCUCUUUUCCCCAUCCAGCUCUGAGCUACUGAUGUAGUUUAUAUGCGCUCCUGCCGUUGAUGGUUCGCUGUCGUCAAGGCGAUGCGUUUCAAACGUGUAAAUCUGCCCGUCCUCACUCGUCGGUUCUCCCGGUUUCUCCUGGCCGAAAAUUGCUCACUUUUGUGAUUACAUAUAGAUGCUACUAACGUGCAACGUUUCGGUUUGAGUGAAACUUUUUUUUUGUUGCUGCAUAAAGCGCGCAGCCAGGCGUCGGUGGCCAUCCAUGUGCUCUUGCUGCCGUUUUUGACCCCAAAGACUGCUCCUUGCGGCAGCAAGGCCAUUAAAUCCCUUCACUGCACGUAAUAGUUUCAUGUGCAGGGGCUGCUGCGGGGGCAAUACGGCUGCCACGUUGAGCAGGUCAGCUACUGCUGCUGCUUUGUGCUGCCUCUGGCACAGGACCGUUGAAUUGCCACGCUUGGCGUGUAGGAAAUUCUGGGUUUUGAUGUGUGACCUACCGGUGAUUUCGGCUAUCUUGGUCGGGUCCAUAUUUCUGGGCCAAAUUUUCUUCAUGGUGUCUACGGUAGUACUGCAAAAGGAACGGCUUCUUCUCUGCAUCUGGGAUUAAUCAUAUGUGCAGCUUUUUUUGUUGCGUGUUUCACGGUAUUCAAACCGCUGGCGGCCCGAAGCUAAGCGUGCUCUUGCGAUUUGAUUUGAGACGAAGAACAUGGGGGGUUAGGUACCUGGCAUCUUCGUGCUUAAUGAUGCUCUCCUUUCCCAAAAGAUGUGACUAAUAAAGUUCAGCUGUGGGGAAUAACGGAGGCCACUAAUUUUCUUUUGGCUCCUUUUUAAUUCUCCGUGCUGGGAGUGGAUUUUUCCUUUAGCCUUUUUUCUUCCAUAGCCGAACCACUUUAGUUUGAUUGAGCACUUUCCCUUUAUACAUUUGUGAUACUGCCAAGUUUUUCCACUAAAAAAAGAUGUGUUUCAGUGCUUUAGUUUUUGUUUUACAAGGCAGUUCUGUCCACAGAUGCCACCACGUGUCAGUGGAUCCACCUCUUCCCAAACAAAAAAAUCUAUAACACCAGUGCCAACUUCUAGGAAACUUAAAACACCACCAGCAGAAUAACUUUAUUACUAUGCCGUUCUAUCUUUCUAGUAGAACUAAGAUUUAGUAAAAAAUUGGGACCAGGUAAUGUUACCCUGAUAAUAUAGUUAGUUUGGCAUGGACCUGCUGAAGAGUCUAUUGCUUUUGUAAUUUGUGUAAAAACAGUGAUCUCAUAAGCUGCAAAUUGCAUUAUUCCUUCAGCAAUUUACUACGGACAAUUUUUCACAGGUGCAAUUCUCCAUUCUAUCACCAUAAAUGGUCUAAUCCUACCUUGACCGACCAAUUUUUGAAGACUGCCUUGUGCCCACAAAUAGACGCAAUACAAAUCAAUUUUAUUUUCAAUUUUUUAAGGACUAGGAUUACUAAUUGCUGUGCAAAUAGUUGCAUGGAAGAGUUUGCUGUCCUUAACACUGUUUUGUGUUUUGUUUAUACUUUUUACAGUGAGGACACAGCUAAGAGAAGGACUCAGAAAAGCAAAAGUUUCAAAGAGGUUGAAAAAUUUGAUGUUUUUGUACUGGAGAAAAGCUCGGGAUGCAAAUUCAGAUCCUUGCAACUUUUGCUCUUUGCUAUCAUGUCUGCUGCAUUUCUAACCCUCCUAUACACACCGUCUGUGUAUGAACAUCAGCUACAGUCAAGCUCUCGACUUGUCAAUGGGUGGAUAUGGGAUAAGAGAAGUUCUGAUCCCCUAUAUGUAUCUUCUGCCAGCAUUCAAUGGGAAGAUGUAUAUAAAAGUAUUCAAAAUCUGAAUGGUGGUGAACAAAAGCUCAAAGUUGCACUCCUGAAUUUUAACAGAACUGAGUUUGGCACUUGGACAGAUAUGCUCCCAGAAAGUGAUUUUUCAGUCGUAAGACUAGAGCAUGCCAAUGAAACCAUUACCUGGCAGACUCUCUAUCCUGAAUGGAUAGAUGAGGAGGAAGAAACAGAGAUACCAUCUUGCCCUUCGCUUCCAGAUCCAAAUUUUCCAAGAUCGACACACUUCGAUGUUGUUGCUGUUAAGCUUCCCUGUUCUCGUGUGGCGGGUUGGUCAAGAGAUGUUGCACGGCUGCAUUUGCAGUUAUCAGCAGCAAAAAUAGCAGCGACCACGGCAAGAAGCAAUGGUGGAGUCCAUGUGCUCUUUGUGACUGAUUGCUUCCCGAUUCCAAAUCUCUUCUCUUGCAAGAACCUGGUGAAACGCGAAGGCAAUGCUUGGCUGUACAAACCUGAUGUGAAGGCUCUACAGGAGAAGCUCAGGCUACCUGUUGGUUCCUGUGAGCUUGCUGUUCCACUGAACGCAAAAGCACGACUUUACACAGUGGACAGACGCAGAGAAGCAUAUGCUACAAUACUGCAUUCAGCAAGUGAAUAUGUUUGUGGUGCAAUCACAGCAGCUCAAAGCAUUCGCCAAGCAGGAUCUACAAGAGACCUUGUUAUUCUUGUUGAUGAGACAAUAAGUGAUCACCACCGCAAGGGGCUGGAAUCUGCGGGGUGGAAGGUCAGGAUAAUAGAGAGGAUCCGGAACCCUAAGGCUGAACGUGAUGCCUACAACGAAUGGAACUACAGCAAAUUCCGGCUAUGGCAGCUUACAGAUUAUGACAAGGUUAUAUUCAUUGAUGCCGAUCUCCUUAUCCUUAGGAAUAUUGAUUUCUUGUUUGCAAUGCCGGAAAUCACUGCAACUGGCAACAAUGCAACACUGUUCAACUCUGGAGUGAUGGUCAUUGAGCCCUCGAACUGCACAUUCCAGUUACUGAUGGAGCACAUCAAUGAGAUAACAUCGUACAACGGUGGUGACCAGGGCUACCUGAAUGAGAUAUUCACAUGGUGGCAUCGCAUUCCAAAACACAUGAACUUCUUGAAGCAUUUCUGGGAGGGCGAUGAAGAGGCAGUGAAGGCAAAGAAGACUAGGUUGUUUGGGGCUAACCCGCCAAUCCUUUAUGUCCUUCACUACUUGGGCCGGAAGCCAUGGUUGUGCUUCCGGGACUACGACUGCAACUGGAAUGUUGAAAUUCUGCGGGAGUUUGCGAGUAAUGUUGCGCAUGCUCGCUGGUGGAAGGUGCACAACAAGAUGCCGAAGAAGCUUCAGAGCUAUUGCCUUCUGAGGUCAAGGCUGAAGGCCGGGUUGGAGUGGGAGCGGCGGCAGGCUGAGAAAGCAAACUUCACUGACGGGCACUGGAAAAGGAACAUAACUGAUCCAAGGCUGAAAACCUGCUUUGAGAAGUUCUGCUUCUGGGAGAGCAUGCUGUGGCAUUGGGGUGAGAACAAGACCAACUCGACAAAGAACAAUCCGGCACCUGCGCUGCCUGCUGCGAGCCUGUCGAGCUCAUGAGAUCUGUAGAUAGCUUUGCUGAGAGUAGUAUACCCAGAUACAAAACUUCCGAAGCUCCAUACAUACAUAGCAACAGCUUUGUAAAGGUAGGCCUCUUCCCGAAUGACUCUAUACCUCUGUUGGCCAUCACUCCAGCGCCCUCCCGCUGCUUUUUGAUGGCUGGCAAAUUUUUUUGGUUUCUUCUGCUAAUAAUUCGUCAGUAUAGGCUGUUUUCCUUUCUGGCUGUAGAGUCCUGUCCGGGGUCUGUUGCUUCAUGUUUCAUCGGCUAUUGCUGUGCUGCAGUACGCCGCCUGGUUUGUUGAUGUAUGGUGGUUGAACGGUUUCAGUGAUCAAUCUGGAGUGAUGCAACAAUGAGAUUGCUGACCAGCAAACACUGCGUCAUUUUGUCAUGAAUAUGAUGGAUGCCACUUUUUGUGCCGCUA